GCGAAAGUUUUUUCUCGAGUCGUCACGCACGCAGCCGCUGUGUGUCGGGGAAGACAGGAGGUGACCGGUCAGCAGCGAGUUUGAGACAGCCGUGCUCAGUGUCAAGGAGAGGCGACUGGGAGGUGGAUGUAUGUGACUGAGACACAGGACAGUGCACUGUCGGUUAGCUUGUACAUUACAAGGCGUCCUCUGUCAGGAAGCCCGACGACAGCAGCCCAAAAUGUGGGAACAGGCGGAAUUCGCUAAACACUGGAGGAAUGAAUUUCCCGACGGAGAGGUCCCAUACAUGGAUUUAAACUCGGUGGAAGACAUCGAGUCCGAGCUGGCGAAAUGUAAAGCCAACCUAAAGAAGCUGCAGAAGGCGCUGGCCGAGGAGAAAUUCAAGGUGAUCUACCUGCAGACCACCAUGGCCCGCCAGAGGAGGGGAGAGCCUGGGACUUGUGUCGACAAAGAUGUCAACUUCAACGCCAAGAAACCACAGCGAGGGGACGACGAGAGGGGCGGCAGGAGCACCAGGCUGACCGAGUCUGGAGGAAUGCACACCGGCGAGUACAGCGCUUCUUUUAACCGGGAGCGGGGCAGGAUCAGCGGGAAGACAGUAAUGCCUGUCCCCGUCCCGCCACGGAUGUCCAGCUUUCAGAGGAGGGACCUGACGCAGAGCGCCGUCUCCCCCAGCAACGACAAUGAAGAAAGUAGCGACAGGGAAUAUGAGGAUGUGGAGCUCAAUGAGAAUUUUGUGAAGAAUAACUUGUUGGCUCCGACCACCGGCAGAGAUAGUCAAAGACCUCACAGCAUCAACCAGAACAUCCGGCGGCCUUUUCGCCACAGCAGGGAGUUGGACUCCGGUGACGACGGACGGUUGUCUCCGUCACUCCCGCUGAUUCACCGCAGAGCGUCCCGAAGCUCCGGGUGCAGCACCCCGGACCGCAGAAGUGAUGGCUACCUCAGCUCCGACCAUGACGACUCCUCUUCAGCAGAUUUCAAUUACAACACUGAUGGCUACGAGGGAGACGGAGCAGAGGAAGGCAAGUCUCAGGACGGCUCUGAGACACUGCCCUACAUAGAUGAAUCCCCCACGAUGUCACCCCAGCUGUGUGUGCCUCAAGGGCCUGAGGGGGAUAUGGUGUCCCCUACUCCACCAGAGGGCCUGCUGCCUGGGGGAGAUAUUGAGAAAGGUCUGGAGAUGAAAAAACUGGUCCUCUCAGGAUUCCUGGCCAGUGAGGAGGUCUACAUAAACCAGCUUGAGGCUCUGUUACUGCCCAUGCGCCCUCUGAAGGCCACGGCCACAACCUCCCAACCCGUCCUUAGCAUCAAGCAGAUAGAAACUAUAUUUUACAAGAUCCAGGACAUUUUUGAGAUCCACAAGGAGUUCUACGAUGCACUUUUACCCAACAUCCAACACUGGGAUGAGAAGGUCACAGUUGGUCAUCUUUUCCAGAAACUGGCGAGUCAGUUGGGCGUUUACAAGGCAUUUGUGGACAACUACAAAGUAGCGCUGGAGACUGCAGAGAAAUGCAGCCAGGCCAACAUCCAGUUCCAGAAGAUAUCAGAGAACCUCAAAGUAAAAGGCCCCAAAGACUCCAAAGAUUGUACAUCAACAAUCUCAAUGGAAGCUCUCCUUUAUAAGCCCAUCGACAGAGUUACCAGAAGCACUCUUGUCUUGCACGACUUGCUGAAGCACACCCCUAAAGACCACCCAGACUUUCCUCUACUGCAGGAUGCUCUAAGGAUAUCUCAGAACUUCCUGUCCUCCAUUAAUGAGGAAAUCGACCCUCGGAGGACUGCUGUCACAACACCCAAGGGAGAGGCUCGUCAGCUGGUAAAAGACGGCUUCUUGGUGGAAGUGUCAGAAAGCUCCAGAAAGCUGCGGCAUGUCUUCCUCUUCACUGACCUGCUGCUCUGUGCCAAAAUGAAGAAGACAGCUGUGGGCCGUCACCAGCAGUACGAGUGCAAGUGGUACAUUCCUCUGGCAGACUUGACCUUUCAGACUCUCGAUGAGUCUGACACCAGUCCCAGCAUCCAAGUCCUUCCAGAGCAUGAGAUUGAGGAGAUGAAGAUGAAGAUAUCAGUCUUGAAGAGUGAGAUUCAAAAAGAAAAGAAAGCGCCAAAGGGUCAGAGUCGUGCGGAGCGUUUAAGGAAAAAGAUGAAUGAACAGGAGUCCUGGCUGCUCCUACACUCUCCCACCAUUCCCUUCCGAAUUCACAACAAGCAUGGCAAGAGCUGCCUGUUCCUACUCUCCUCUGACUAUGAGCGGUCGGAGUGGAGAGAAAGCAUUCAGAAACUCCAAAAGAAAGAUCCUCACACCUGUUUAUUAAGCUCUGUAGAGCUUCAAGUCUUAACCAGUUCCUGUUUCAAACUGCGAACUGUCCACAGUAUUCCAGUCACCAGUAAUAAGGAUGAUGAGGAGACUCCCGGCCUGUAUGGCUUCCUGCAUGUAAUCGUCCACUCUGCCCAAGGAUUUAAGGAGUCAGCCAAUCUCUACUGCACCCUGGAAGUGGACUCUUUUGGAUACUUUGUGAGUAAGGCAAAGACCAGAGUAUUCAGAGACACUGCAGAACCACAGUGGAAUGAGGAGUUUGAGAUUGAGCUGGAGGGCUCUCAGUACCUGAGAAUCUUGUGUUAUGAGAAAUGUUAUGACAAAAGUAUGCUCAACAAGGACGACAAUGAGAUUGUGGACAAGAUCAUGGGCAAAGGACAGGUCCAGUUGGAUCCUCAGACGGUUCAGUCCAAGAACUGGCACAUGGAUGUCAUAGAGAUGAACGGGAUCAAAGUGGAAUUCUCCAUGAAGUUUACCAGUAGGGACCUGAGCUUGAAGAGGACGCCCUCCAAAAAGCAGACAGGCGUGUUCGGAGUCAAAAUCAAUGUAGUGACAAAACGGGAGCGUUCCAAAGUGCCUUACAUAGUCCGCCAGUGCAUUGAGGAGGUGGAGAAGAGGGGCAUCGACGAGGUGGGAAUCUACAGGAUCUCAGGGGUCGCCACUGACAUUCAAGCCCUCAAAUUAGCUUUCGACACCAAUACCAAAGACAUCCUGGUGAUGUUGAGUGACAUGGACAUCAACGCUAUCGCUGGAACACUCAAGCUCUACUUCAGGGAGCUGCCGGAGCCGCUGCUGACCGACCGCCUCUACCCUGCCUUCAUGGAGGGAAUAGCUCUGUCAGACCCAGCAGCUAAGGAGAACUGCAUGAUGCACCUGCUCCGCUCUCUGCCGGACCCUAACCUUAUGACUUUUCUCACUCUGUUGGAGCACUUAAAACGGGUUGCGGAGAAGGAGCCCAUCAACAAGAUGUCCCUUCACAAUCUGGCCACUGUCUUCGGCCCCACCUUACUCAGGCCGUCUGAGUCUGAAGCCACUAAGGGCCAGCACAUCACCUCAGCGUCCGACAUCUGGUCACAUGACGUCAUGGCACAGGUUCAGGUGUUGCUUUACUACCUGCAGCAUCCUCCCAUCUCCUUUGCUGAACUCAAACGCAACACUCUCUACAUCUCCUCUGAUGUCUAAGACCUGACCCAAGCUUUCAGGGCAAAGGGAGGGACUCCAUUCAUCUUCACCCCGCCGCUCUGUUCCAACAUGUACAGCCCCCCCCCACCACUGCCUUCCCCACUGACCCGGGGGAAGAGUGUAUGAGGGGAUGCGUGGGUGUGCUCCCAGUAAAAGGUUUUCAUGUUGUAUUUUUGUUACAUGAGGGGAGCGCGGCUGCCACACGCACCCACCGAUGGGGCGACAUUGUGGCAACAGAGAUCAGCUCAGGGUACGUGAAGAGUUGAGGUCAUCAGGUUCUCCAAGAAUCUCCAUCUUUGUUUUUAUCUCGAUCUGAGGCAUUCCAGAAAAAUGACAUUGACCCUAGAAAUCUUGUGCUCCAUAAUUUUGACGGCAGAGGAGGAGGGUAUGUGGUUCGCCGGUUGGUUGCUGCGAACGUGUCUCCUCAUCUGAGGGAAGCUGGUGACGUUGGUCGUCUUGAUACAGAUCAGAUGAUCUCUCUUUUUCCACCAACCGUGAGAGAACAGCCGUCUCUCUCCGCAGUCUCGGACAAGUCAGCCCUAUUUAUUUAAGAUUGCUAUCAUUUGUGCCUGUACAGUGGUGUGUGAUUAGAGAGAGGCUUUUUGUUUCUGUUCGUGAUGUUGUUCUCGUCUGUCCCUCAUCCACCAUGGCCUUGGUCGGUGAGCCGAGCCGAGGAUCACUCAGAAGGGCACUGUAACUAAACACGCCAUGAAUGGAAGGUUGAGCUUUUUUUCCCCACGUUGUUGCAUUGCAAGCCUGUUCCAAGUGUCUCACAGCACCAGUAUAAUCUUUAGGAUGAUUUGUGUAGUUGCCCGCAUUGCAUGUUGAGCUUGUCAUUCGAAGCAGGCCAGUGACACACAGGUCCUCCGGACAUAUCAUGAGAUACUGUAAGCACUGCUAGACCAGUACAAUUUGAUAUUUUUAAUAGAACACGGGAAGAAACAAAAACAGAUGUAUUUUAAUUUGAGGAGAAAUUCAAAUGCUGUUAUAAUGAUGCUUAAUGUUAAUGUGAACUUUCUUUCCUCUUUUUUAAGUAAAAUAAAAGUUGCUAAAACAC